AUGAUUAUGAUGGCUGCUGCUCCCUCCUUUGGCUCUGACGAGGACCCUGACCUUCACAUGAAGUACCGUGAAUUCGGUCAAACUAUUUUCAAUGAUAUUAACGGUGACACAUCCAGACAAUUUGUCAUCGAUAUCGAAAAUAUCAUUGCUGAAAUGCGUUCUGCUGGAGACAGCUUUCGUGCUAGUGAGAGAGACUUUCCUGUCUUGCACAGCUGCUUUAUGUCGCUUGUCAGUGAGCAGACAUCUCCAUUUAUCCAUAGAGUCAAGUGCUCAAUCCUGGUUUUCACUGCAUUCUCACAGAUUGAGGCAUCAGGAUGCUGGAAGAACGUGGCAUACGUAAAGAGUGUGCCUGCGAGAUUAAUGUAUCUGUUUAGAAGCAUCAUCCUUUACGAACUCUUGUUGAAAAACGAUGGGCUGGUAUUUGAUGAUGUGGAUAACAAUGUCCAAGUUGGCACCGCCAUCAAUGAUGAUGGUCUUGAUACUGAUCUCACUGAAGAAGAGUUGGAGGAGUUCCACAAUAAUGCGUGA